GCAAUGCGCAAUGCAUUAAUGUCGUUUCGUUUCGUUGAUGCGCAUAAUGCGCGAUGAAAACGGAACGAUUCUUGAUGCGUUGAUUGUAAACAAAAAUGGACGCUCCCGCUGAAAAAACGUUAUUAACCUUAAGCACAUGUUUGUCAAUAAAAAAUGUUGAAAGAGAAUUGAAUAAUGUUUUAAGUGAAAAUAGCGAUUAUACUGACACCAGUUCAAACAAAAGUCAAACCGAUGAACAGGAUGAUUUGUCAUCAAACAUUGAGAUGCAAAUAAUAUAUGCUGCGUUAAUGAUUGGCGAAACACGGGGGAGACCUUCGUCAUUGAAAAAAUCGAUUACGUGGAACGAGUUAUUCCUAAUUACUCCAAAGCAGUCUUCAAAGAACAUUUUCGAAUGUUUCCUGAAACUUUCGAAAUAGUUCUAGCAACAAGUGGUCCAGGAUUACGAGCAAUUAACAAUCUCUCAGGGAGAAAACAAAUAUC